CGGGCGCGGUGCCGGUGCCGGUCGGGCCAUGGCGGAGCCGAGCGCGGCGGCCCCGGUUUAUUUCCACCCUGUGUUGUGCUGAAGCACCGGGCUCAGGGCGAGCCCCCUCCCCAGUCUGCAGUGGGUAACCAUGAGGCGCCUGAUCUCCCACCGCCGCGUUUCCAACCUGGAGCCCCUGGGGCACUCCUGGCUUUUCCAGUGACAGGGGCGGAGGAGCGGGAGGAGCACGAUGGCCGAGAAGUGCGACUGCCUGGCCAGCAUGUACGGCUACGACCUGGGCUGCCGCUUCGUCAACUUCCGCCCGCUGGGCUUCGGGGCCAACGGGCUGGUGCUGUCGGCGCUGGACAGCCGCAGCUGCCGCAAGGUGGCCGUCAAGAAGCUGACGCUGGGCGACGCGCGCAGCGUGAAGCACGCCUUCCGCGAGAUCAAGAUCAUCCGCCGCCUCGAGCACGACAACAUCGUCAAGGUCUACGAGGUGCUGGGCCCCAAGGGCGCCUGCCUGCGCGGCGACUUCUUCAAGUUCAACGUGGUGUACAUCGUGCAGGAGUACAUGGAGACGGACCUGGCGCGGCUGCUGGAGCAGGGCAAGCUGGCCGAGGAGCACGCCAAGCUCUUCAUGUACCAGCUGCUGCGCGGGCUCAAGUACAUCCACUCGGCCAACGUGCUGCACCGCGACCUCAAGCCAGCCAACAUCUUCAUCAGCACCGAGGACCUGGUGCUGAAGAUCGGCGACUUCGGCCUGGCCAGGAUCGUGGAUCAGCACUACUCGCACAAGGGGUACCUCUCCGAAGGCCUGGUGACCAAGUGGUACCGCUCCCCGCGCCUCCUCCUGUCUCCCAACAACUACACCAAAGCCAUCGACAUGUGGGCAGCCGGCUGCAUCCUGGCCGAGAUGCUGACCGGGAGGAUGCUCUUCGCUGGGGGCCACGAGCUGGAGCAGAUGCAGCUGAUCCUGGAGACCAUCCCCGUGAUCCACCAGGAGGACAAGGAGGAGCUGCUGAAGGUGAUGCCCAUGUUCAUCAACAGCACGUGGGAGGUGCGGAAGCCGCUGCGCAAGCUGCUGCCCGAGGUGGACAGUGAAGCCAUUGAUUUUCUGGAGAAAAUUCUGACAUUUAACCCCAUGGACCGGCUGACGGCUGAGAUGGGCCUGCAGCACCCCUACAUGAGCCCCUACUCCUGCCCCGAGGACGAGCCGGUGUCGCAGCACCCGUUCCGCAUCGAGGACGAGAUCGAUGACAUCCUGCUCAUGGAGGCCAACCAGAGCCAGAUGUCCAACUGGGACAGGUACCACAUCAGCCUCUCCUCCGACCUGGACUGGAGGCACGACAAGCACCACGACAUGGACGAGGUGCAGCGGGACCCGCGGGCGGGCUCGGAGCCCGCGGCGGAGGAGGCGCAGGUGGACCCGAGGAAAUACUCGCAGAGCAGCUCGGAGCGCUUCCUGGAGCUCUCCCACUCCUCCAUGGACCGGGUGUUUGAUGCCGACUGCGGGAAGUCGUGUGAUUACAAGGUGGGAUCGCCCUCCUACCUGGACAAGCUGCUGUGGAGGGACAGCAAGCCCCACCACUACUCAGAGCCCAAGCUCAUCCUGGAUUUAUCCCACUGGAAAAGGGCCACCAUAGCGCCCGCGGCUGAGCUGUCGCUGGAAGAGGAGCCCUCCAACCUGUUCCUGGAGAUCGCGCAGUGGGUGAAGAGCACGCAGGCGGGGCUGGAGUGCCCCGGCUCCCUGCCGGAGAUGCAGGAGCGGAGCCUGCCCUCCUCUCCUCACCGCCUGCACAAGGAGCCCGCCGCCGUCAGCGGCGACACCGACCCCGACUUCGACCUGGACGUCUUCAUCUCCAGGGCGCUGAAGCUUUGCACAAAGCCCGAGGACCUGCCCGACAACAAGCUCAACGAGAUCAACGGGGCGUGCAUCUCGGAGCACCCCGGGGACAUGGUGCAGGCAGAGGUGUUCCAGAAGGAGCGGUGGUGAGGGCCCCAGCCCCGCCGCGUCCCCUGCCCACGCUGUACCAAACGCCUUUGCCAGGAAAGGCAAGCACAAACCACACGCCCCCCU